CUGAAGCUGAUGAGUCCUGUGUUGAUAACUUCAAACUUCCAGAAAACAAGUUUUUAAAAAUCACCAUGAAAACCCCAAAGGCCUCGGAUGUGAAAAAGGGGAUAUCAGUCCUUUGGGAGACUCUGCAGUGUCCCAUAUGCUUGGAUUUAAUGACAGCACCACUGUCUACUAAGUGUGACCAUCAGUUUUGCAAAUUUUGUAUAAUUAAACUUUUGGACAACUCUAAACAACACAGGGCCAACUGUCCAGUGUGUAAAACCAAGAUAACCAAAAGGAGCUUGCAGGAGAGCCCUGGGUUUCAGAGACUUGUAGCAGGAUUGCAGGAUAUGAUACAAGCAUAUGAACAUGACACCGGCACAAACUACUUCACGGGAAUGAGCCUGCAAGAAAAACAACCAGGUGUUACAGAUGCUGAAGCUACCAAACAUCCACAAAAUGUGUCAUCUGGAGAUACACCUGUCACUGACCUUGACAACGAAGAAAAUGCAGACCAUGAUGAUCUUCCGAGAUCCCACUCUUCAACUAUAGCAGCCCAGAAUGGAUUUGCAAGACUCAUGGGACUUGAAGACUCAACUCCUGUGACGACAGAAAAUGAAGGCCUGGACAGUGGCCUCGGUGAUGUCCUGCCAACUUCUGACAAGAAAAUGCACAGCUCUACCAAAUUGGAGAACACCUCCCUUCAUCCAUUAGUCAUUCCAGACGAGACCGAAUAUCAGCCUUUAAGAAAAUCCUCACGGAAGAAGAAGAAAAAGGAUUUGGAGCCUGACAAGAUUCUUGAUGAGAAACAGAAGAAAAGUCUAGAGAAAGUUGCUGAGUGGCUCAUGAAAGUUCCAACUGAAGGAAGUCUCGAGUUAGAAAAACCAGACGAAGACGCUGAUGACUCAGACAGCUGUUCUUCCACUUCAACAAUAGAUGUCAAGCAACACAUUAGUAACAUGAAUCCUAAGAGAGAUGAUCGUGCUAAAGCCCUUGAAGAGCAGGUGUUCGGAGCUGUCUACAAACGAGAGAGAAGAGGGUGCAGGAACACCUCUCUUCCGCUCAAUGCUUUUGUCGAGCGAUCAACAACUAGAAAACAGAAAACAGGCUCUGAAGAUAAAAAUGAAAGCGACUUGGAGGAAGAGCAACAACUAACAGAAGAAGUUAAUGACACCAGCAGUGACAUUUUUAAAGAAGCAGAACAGAUGGAAGUCGUGGAGGAAAAUGAUUUAGACAAACAUGGGGAAGAGUUGAACAACUUGCCAGAAAGUGACAAAAAUAAAGGCAAAGAUGAGGUUCCCUCUGUCUCUGAUAUUGAACAACAGCAACCGGAAAGAAAGUCAAAGAAAAGGCUGCACGAUACUCUGCAGCAGGUUGACAGUGAUUUGCAGCAGCAAGCUGAGGCAAAGUCAGAAAGUACUGAGCAAAAGAAAACUGACAAGAGAAAAGGUAAAAACACAAGGUCAGAGAAAGGCAGGCCUGCUAGACUGCCGAAGCCUCUUUUUCUGGUUGCAGUUCAAAAUGGAGAAACCAGUCCAAAGACCAGACUGAGAUCAGAAGAAGUUCAAGUACAAAUUGAGAGCUAUCCUAGCAGCGAGGACCAGGAAACCCCUCUCAUGAGGAGCACCAGGAGAAGCAGAAGGCUUCAACUCUUUGCUGAGGAAGUCCAGGGAGGUCACGGGAAAGCAAACUUGAAAAUCAGUGUAGCUGAAAAACACAGCAAUGCUGCAAAGGAAUCAGAGGAAGUUAAAGGUGAAACACUGGAUAAAACUGCAUCACCUGAGAAUGGAAACAUGACAAAGGUGGCCAAAAGAAAUGGAUGUAUUUAUGAUCAAGAUUUAGGAGGAAUUGAAAACGUGGAGUCUGGUGAGAGAACGUCUUAUCUGACACCAAACGAAGAUGUUAAAGAGCCCAUUGCUGAAGUGCCGAAUGCUGACACUCUGUCUGAAGCCAGUGCUGCUUGUUAUGUCCCUGUGGUACCAAGUUCUACAAGUCCAACUGAGGCAGCUGUAGUGGCUCCAACACUUGAAAAAAAUGAGGAGGACAAGAACGACAGUGAGCUGGACACAGAGCAACUGCUCAGGAGCUUCAAAGCCACUAAAAGGAAAUCGUUCCAUCUUGGUGGUCCCAACAUGAAAAGAAGCCGUAGCUCAGACCAAGGAGAAACGCAGGGUGCUGAAGCAAAGGAUAAUGGUCCUGUUUGUUCUAGUUUUGAAUCUGCAAAAAAAGAGACAUCUGAAAUCGCCAACCAGGAGGCUUUGAAAGACAAUGAAGACUCAUCUUGUAGUGAUUUGAUCUCCCCGUCUAACUCACCCACCCUGGCAAGAAAAACAGUUGUUGAGAAACAAAAUCAAGUGGUGGUACAAGCCUCGAUCCCUGAUACCAAUAGUUCAGGUCAGGACAGCGCUGCUGGAAACUGUCUCUCCAGGAAUAGUCUUAGCAGUGCCCUCAGUCCUAAUAAAGUGUCAAAACGUGAAAUGGAAAGUCCUCAUCUUUCAGUUGUCCCUCAAUUGGUAGAUUCUGGGCUCUGCUUCACAGCUGUUGAACAUGAGGAGCUACAUGAAGCCUCAAAGUGCUCUCAAAUCUCAAACAGUCAGCUUGAUUGUACAGUGAGGGAUGCUGACAAAUGGAAGGAGAUAGGAGAUGGCAUUUCUAGUGGAAAACAUUCAUUCAACACUGCUGAACACAUCUUGGUUGCAGAGUCCUCUUUAACUCCUGACGGCCUUGUAACACCAGUUGUCCAAAUGGUCCACGAAACGAAGCCUAACAGCAAUGGAAGCGCAGAGCUCAGCGCACAUUCCUCCAUCAAGAGCUACCCAAGGAAUAAGAGACCGGCUCAGAGGCUGGAGUCUUCAUCCGAGUCCGACUGCAGUGGAUCCAAAGAGGAAUUACCAACUUUGGCUCAAAUCUUCGGUAGGUCAGCUCCUCCGGCUGCUGUGACCCAGGAUCAGGGAGAUUCCAAUGAAGCUAAUAGAUGUGAGGAUGCAUGUGUUCCAGCUGAUGCAGAAGAACGCUUCAGCCGUCCACCUGCAUGCCCCAGCCCCGACUUUGUUAAUUCUAGCCAAGCUUCUGUGGACUUGUUUGGAACACCAGAUGAAUGUAAUGUUUCCAUGGAAUCAUCACAAUUUUCAAGCGAAGUCCUUGUCACACAGCAAAAGAUAGAAAUGCAGAAGGAGCUGGUGAGGCUGGAGAAAUUGAUGGCUCUGGUGUCAGAGGUGCUUCAGGAGAAAGAACGCAGUCCUGCAAAAGAAGUCCCCACAGAAACAAAUCAAAGCAUCAAAACCACGGGUAAACAGAUAACAAGUAUAUUGGAGUGCGAGGAGGGACCUACAUUCAACCAGGAAACUUAUGUUCCCAAUGCGGAGCGAGAGCUCAGCAUGAGAGUAUCCGAUGGCAGAGGGGUCACGCAACCCAGCGUGUCAAAGCAUGGCAGUAUUACAGAGAUGGGCACUGAAGCCUCCAAGACACCUAGUUCAAGUUCAGCAGCCAAGGCACUAAAGAUAUGUAGUUCAACAGCAGAUGGGCAAGAAGACAAAGAAAGCAACACACCCUCAAGAGACAGAAGUAAAGCUAAACUGGUGCUAGUGUCAUCUGGAUUGGGGCCCAAUGAACAGAUAAUGGUGAAGAAGUUUGCCAAGCGAGUUGGAGCACAUGUGGUUUCCCAGGUGACACCAGAGGUGACCCACAUCAUAAUGCGCACUGAUGAACAGCUGGUAUGUGAGCGCACACUGAAGUACUUCCUUGGCAUUGCAGGAAGGAAGUGGGUGGUGAGCUUCCAGUGGAUUUCAGAGUGCUUCAAACAAAAGAAACUCUUAGAUGAGAGUCUCUAUGAAGUGAAAGGUGACGUGGUGAAUGGACCCAACCACCAGGGCCCCUCAAGAGCGCGUACCACUGAAGACAAUAAUCUGCUCUUGAAGGGCUUCAAGAUCUGCUUCCAGGGGCCUUUUACAGACAUGACUACAGAUGAAAUGGGGUGGAUGGUGGAGCUCUGUGGAGCAGCUGUCAUUAAAGAUCCACUUCUCCUCGACAGUAAACAGAAGUCCCAUCAUCUGGUCAUUGUACAGCCUGGAUUAGAGUCAUCGUCGUCCACAUACAGCAGUCUCUCCAGACAAGCCACUGUUGUGACACGCGGCUGGCUCUUGGAUACAGUUGCAACCUACACCCUCCAAAACUUCAAAAGCUACUCAACAUGAGCUGAGGGACCCAGUGCAUUAUAACCACCCACAGCCAUGGGUUUUCUUCUCAUGGUCUUUUUUAUAAAUUCAGUGUUUGUUUUUUUUUGUUAUGUGUAAUGCUGUCACUAUACUGUCAUCUGUUUCAUUAAUAAGCUGAAAGCUCUGUGUGUUGUA